AUGGCGACCGCGAACGCACCCAGCGUUGUUGGCCCGGUGCCGUUCACGGACGUCUGCGGCGCGAGGCCGGGUCCCGUGCCUCCGCCCAACGAUCCCGACGACGACGACGCCAGUGCCGCCGCGCUCCCGGGCGACGGCAGGCUGCGCCUGCGCUGGUACCAGGGCACGUGGGUGCCUCGGGUGUGCGUGCCGGGGGUCGUCGCCAUCCGGCAGGGGAGCUUCGCGCCGCGCCGCGGCGACGUCGUCCUCGCGAGCCCGCACAAGUGCGGCACCACGUGGCUCAAGGCCCUGGCCUUCGCCACCAUGGCGCGGGGCGCGUACCCUCCCGCGGGCGCGGGGCACCCGCUCCUCCGCCUCAACCCGCACGACUGCGUCCCGUUCAUGGAGAUGCUGUUCGCCGACGGCUCGGCCGGGAGCCGCAAGAUGGGCGCGCUGCCGUCGCCGAGGCUCAUGGCCACGCACAUGCACCACGCGAUCCUGCCCGCCUCCAUCAGCAACAACCCCGACUGCAAAAUCGUCUACAUUUGCAGGAACCCCAAGGACAUGCUGGUCUCUCUGUGGCACUUCGGCAGACGAGUCCAACCCGACCUCGCGUUCUCCGACGUGUUCGAGCACGCCUGCGAGGGCGUGUCCUUCAGCGGCCCCAUCUGGGACCAUGUCCUGGGCUACUGGAACGCCAGCAAGGAGAGCCCGGAGACGGUGCUGUUCCUGCGGUACGAGGAGAUCCUGCUCGAACCCGCCGGCAACGUGCGGAGGCUCGCGCGGUUCGUCGGGCAGCCGCUCUCGCCGGCCGAGGAGGCGGCCGGGGUCGCCGAGGACAUCGCGCGGCUCUGCAGCUUCGAGGCGCUGCGAGGCCUGGAGGUCAACACGGCGGCGGGCUCCGGCUCUCUCCUCUUCCCGAACGGCGCCUACUUCAGGAGAGGGCAGGCCGGGGACUGGGCCAACCACAUGACCCCGGAGAUGGCCCAGCGCCUGGACGCCGUCAUGGAGGAGAAGCUCCGCGGGUCAGGCCUGUCCUUCGCGUGAUCGAUCGAUCGAUGUACUGUUUCAAAUUCGGCCUACCUACAUGUAUGAAUAAAAGGAAGCUCGCUGUAAGCUGGAGCACGCCUUAUUGCAUGCAUCGUCGUCUCGGCUCUUGCAUGCUGUCUUGCACACGAGGCUUUUGUAAUUUUCCGAUCAGUAUAU